AUGACUGCCGCCAUCUCUAAAGACUGGUUUUUUCACCACUUUGUGCCUGAGGUCAAGGAAUCCUUUAAAAACCUUGGUCUACCAGAAGAUACUAAAGCCAUCCUUCUUUUGGACAACUGCAAAGCUCACCCGUCAGUAGAUGAAAGGUCUUUUAUUCAAGGCCUGUUAAAUGCCGACUGUGACGUGACUGAUUUUCAAAAAAAAGUUUACAGUAAAAGAUGUCGUCUAUGCUAUUGCACUGUAUUGGAACCAGGUAAAAAAUACAACACUCUAAAAAUGCUGGAGAAAACUUUGGCCAGCUGGAAACCCUGCAUCUGA